AUGGCCCCUUCAAAGGCAAGCAAGGCCUCUUCCAAGGCCAAAGAUGUGUCCUCGAAAAAUAGCAAAGAUAAGGGGGGGAAAGAUGCCGCGAAGGGGGAUUCCGCUCCAAAAAGAACCAUCUCUCCAGUCAUACUUGCGAUGAUUGGAAGUUUCCUCUCUGCCUAUGGCCUAUACCUAACGAAAAGUGCCUUCGACUCCGAGGUGGCCUCCAAAGGAGUUGCGGAGAAAUCAAAGUCCAAGCAAGUUAAAGACCACCCGUCGAUGGACGAGCUUAUUGAAAACUGGGAGCGAUCGAACCAAUCGGCAAAGUCGGCCAAGGCGAAGUCAAAGGAGCCUAAAAAGUCGUCAGCAAUGGAGGAUGAUAUGGGCGAUGGGAGCUCCAGCUCGGAGAGCGAUUCAUCCGAAUCCGACCAGGAGAGCGAUUCCGACGUCUCCAUGCAAGAUGCUGCUAGUGUUUCCAGUAGCUCAUCGUCUUCCGACUCUUCCUCAUCCGAAGACGAAACCGAUUCAACUGGAAGCUCCAGCAAGGGAAAGCGCAACGAAAGGAUUUCAGGCCCGUCAAACCAGCCUCUGAAACGAAAAUAUGAAUCGUCUCCCAGCCCGUCCUCCUCCAGCUCUACCUCGGAUUCCCCUGACACGAAAAGACCCAAAUUAGACACUGGGAAGGCAAAAAAACCGGGAGAGUUAACUUCGUCUUCCGAAUCUGAAGCUUCAUCUGACUCUGACGCCUCGUCUUCGUCCCAAUCCUCACCUUCAGGUGACUCUGAAUCCGAAUCUGAAUCUGAAUCUGAAUCUGAAUCUGAAUCCGAUUCCUCAUCUGCCUCAUCCUCCUCUUCGUCCUGUUCUUCCUCAUCUUCCUCUGCCUCGUCGUCUUCCUCCUCUUCUUCUUCCUCGUCCUCGUCUUCUUCUUCGUCUUCGUCCGAUGGCUCGUCUAAUUCUUCUAGCUCGGACGCACGCAAAUCGACCAAAGCCAAAAAGGCAUCUGCAAAGGAGAAGAAAAUUGCGAGAAAGGCAGCAAAAAUUCCACUUCCCGAGUCCGACAGUGACAGCGACUCGGGUGACUCAUCUUCUGCCGAGUCUUCCGGUUCUGAUUCGGAGGAUAAAAGUCCAUUUCUAGCUGCCACCAGCCGCGAAUUAUCAGCUAGUUCCGGCACAACCGUGCGUGCAACAUCCUCAGAUUCCUCUAGUGCCAAAGUCGAGAAUGGUGCGGGUACCGGUCGCAAACAUACCGGUGCAAAGUCCACCCCCCUUGCCAUUGCUAGCGAGCUUCCACACAAUCAUCCUUCCAACGCUUACGUCCCCUAUGCCUACGCCGAACGUGCCCAUCAGGACUUAUCGGUCACCCGCGGCAAAGGUUUCACGAAAGAGAAGAACAAAAAGAAACGUGGCUCGUACCGCGGUGGCCCGAUUGAUAUCGGUCCUGGAAAAAGCUUCAAAUUCGAAGAUUAA